UCAGCAUAUACUCUCUCUAUAGUUCUCUAAUUCUGUAUCUGUGAGUGAGCCAGAGGCAUCAAGAAGAGAGAGAGAGAGAGAGAGAGAGAGAGAGAGAGAGAGAGGCAAACAAGCCAAUGGGGUUCUGCACCCUGUGCUUGUUGCCUACCUCCUUGUGCUCCUCCUCCUCCUCCUCGUCCUCCUUUUGUAUGUGUCUGCUGUUGCUGGUGGGGAGCCUCGCAGCGGCGGCGGCUUGCACGCCGGCGGAGCAGCAGGAGCUGGACAGGAUCGCCCGCCUCCCUGGCCAGCCUCCCGUUGACUUCGCGCAGUACUCUGGAUACGUCACCGUCGACGCCCGGGCCGGCCGAGCCCUCUUUUACUGGCUCGUCGAGGCGGCACCGGCCGCGCAGCCCGCCCCUCUCGUCCUCUGGCUCAACGGCGGCCCCGGGUGCUCCUCCGUUGCCUACGGCGCCUCCGAGGAGCUUGGCCCCUUCCGGAUCAGGUCCGACGGGAAGACCCUCUACCUGAAUCCUUACGCCUGGAACACCGUGGCGAAUGUGCUGUUCUUGGAGUCGCCGGCAGGCGUUGGGUUCUCGUACUCUAAUACCUCAUCGGAUCUCUACACUGCUGGAGACAACAGGACAGCUGCGGAUGCCUACAAAUUCCUCGUGAAUUGGUUCGAGAGGUUUCCUCAGUACAAACACCGGGAGUUCUAUAUAGCCGGAGAGAGUUACGCAGGGCAUUACGUUCCACAGUUAUCUCAGCUUGUCCACAGGAAAAACAUCGGUACUCAAGAUCCCACCAUUAAUUUCAAGGGAUUUCUGGUUGGUAAUGGAGUCACUGAUGAUUACCAUGAUUAUGUUGGGACCUUCGAGUACUGGUGGACUCAUGGCCUGAUCUCAGAUGCCACCUACCGAAUUCUGCGGGUUCACUGUGACCACGAAGUCUCUGAACACCCUUCUGAUGCAUGCAUAAAGGCCCUUGAUGAUGCCGAUACAGAGAUGGGGAACAUAGACCCCUACAGCAUAUACACUCUUCCAUGUAAUGAUACUGGAUCUCUUAGGCGCAACCUAAGGGGUCACUAUCCUUGGAUGUCCAGAGCUUACGAUCCCUGCACCGAGAGGUACUCCAUGGUAUACUACAAUCGUCCUGAGGUCCAAAAAGCACUGCACGCGAACGUUACUGGAAUACCAUACAGUUGGGAGACAUGCAGUGAUACUAUCGGAGACAAUUGGGGAGAUUCACCAAAGUCUGUGCUUCCUAUUUACCAUGAACUUAUAGCUGCUGGCCUAAGGAUAUGGGUUUUCAGUGGUGAUACAGAUUCUGUAGUCCCCUUGACUGCAACAAGAUACUCCAUUGAUGCUCUCAAACUAAAAACUCUCAAGAAUUGGUAUCCAUGGUAUUACGAUGGAAAGGUCGGUGGAUGGAGUCAAAUCUAUGAAGGCCUAACCUUUGUGACUGUUACUGGGGCCGGACAUGAAGUCCCUCUUCAUCGUCCCCGACAAGCUUUGAUACUCUUCAAGCGUUUCUUGAAGAAUAAGCCCAUGCCAUCUUAAAAACCAUGAGAAGGAAGCUCAAUGGAACCUUGGGUUGCUGCUACAGAGAAUAAAAGAUGGAGAGCCGUUAUCUUCUCCUUUUGAUUUGAUUCUUGGUGGAUAUAAUCUUCUCUUUGUUCCAACUUUCAUUUUUCGAUGUGUAAUUUGAUAUCGUUUUGCGUUUUUUUUUUUUUUUUUUUAGCAGCCAGCAACUAUACCAUAUCAUUCGAUGUCGCCUUGAAUAAAAUGCAAGGGUUAUGAUCAA